UGCUCCCAGCCUCUGAAAGCGGAGCGGGAGACACUUGCUUUGGGAGACAGGAACCAGAGGACGGAGAGAGAGAGAGAGUGGACGCCGCUCCGGACAGACAAAACAGAUCACUUUCACUCGACCCAUAACAUCACCAACAUGGCUUCAAAGUGUCCAAAGUGUGACAAGACGGUGUAUUUCGCUGAAAAGGUGUCAUCACUGGGGAAAGACUGGCACAAAUUGUGUCUCAAGUGCGACCGCUGCAACAAGCUCCUUAAUGCUGGAGGCCACGCUGAGCACGAUGGAAGGCCCUACUGUCACAAACCGUGCUAUGCUGCCCUCUUUGGGCCGAAAGGUGUGAACAUUGGUGGAGCAGGCUCAUAUGUAUAUGACACUCCAGCUAACAACAACCCGACUAGUGUGGAUUCAGCCCCUAAACCUGAGGAGAAGCGAGUGUACGCACCGAAGGCAGCAUCGAAAGCUGGCAGCAUCACCACCUUUUCUGGAGAGGCCAACCUUUGUCCCCGCUGCAACAAGAAGGUGUAUUUUGCUGAGAAGGUGACAUCACUGGGCAAGGACUGGCAUCGACCCUGUCUGCGCUGUGAGAGGUGCAGCAAGACUCUGUCUGCUGGCAGCCACGCAGAGCAUGACGGCCAGCCCUACUGCCACAAACCCUGCUACGCUGUUCUCUUCGGGCCCAAAGGCGUGAACACUGGUGGUGUGGGCAGCUACAUCUAUGACAAGGAGCCCAGUGCAGUGACCCAGCCUUGAACCUUGUCCCCUUCUCAGCCUCAUCCCUCUUCUCUACACAACACUGACCAUCAACCACAGUAUUAUUUGUUGCCUUUUUGUUCCUCCCUCUCUUCCCCACCUGUGCGUUCACCCCCACCCACACCCCAGCUCCCAGCUGCCCCCGGAUCAGGUGAUUCAAUGGUUACAAAUGCUGCCUAGACGUAUGAUAUAUAUAUUUGCUCUAGGAGAUCCCUCAGCACAACCACAUCCAGCAUUCCCACACGACUGACUCACUAUUCAUGAAAUAAUUUAAAUCAUGUUUACACGUUUAUAAAUGUAUGUCAACACUUUAAAUGUCACUACAGCAAAACAUUAUGGUCUUAUAUUUCAAUUUUGCACCAAGAGAAUAGUGUGAGGAUGUACUGACAUGACAUGAUGUAUGUUAGAGUGAUGGAAAGUGAAUCUCAGGUGUGGAGAGGUGGACUGUGCUGGCAGCCAGAGGAAUUCCACCUCGGAGGCUCCUGCACGCACAGAUGGUGCUCAGGAGGAACACGUUGCCAAUAAAAAAGAAUAAUAAAUAAAUCUGUAUUUUACAAAUGCCAUAUUUACAGUUUGGCUGCCUGACAACAUUCCUUAUGUGAAAAAAAGUGAGAUUUUGUCCAAGCAUAUUGUAUAAAGGUGGGCAAGUGGAUUUCAGAGGCGACUGUUACAUGAUUUUCAACACAUCCAUGAGACUGUAGUAAGACUUUGUACUUUUGAGCGUAUAUUAAUAACCAGUUUUGCAGCAGAAUCUGGAUUAUAUAAAAUAUGUCGUGCUAAUAAAUAACACGAGUAUUUUGUCCCAGUUGUUUUAUAUAACACUAUUUUUAAAACGAGGCACGUGGGUGAAGUUUUGGGAAGGUCGGGCUGUGAUUUGCUAGGGCGAGAAACAUGUAUUUAUUACUGAAAUCAUGUCCUUGAAAUUUCAUUAGCUGUUGUACUACUACUACUACCCUUUAUGGGACUGAUUAUGAAGGAGGUAAAAUGAGGCGAUGUAAGCUGUAUAAUUCUCUACGAUCAAGAUUUUCAUUGUUAUUUUCAAAAUAAAUAACCCUGCUAUUAUUUUCCAAGAGAUGAUGAUGCGCUAUUUGAAGUAUUAUAUAUAUAUUUUUUGCCAUUAGCAGAAACAGUAGCUUAGAGCUUGUAGAAACAGAGACGAGACACUGCAGACAAGUCAUUCUGUAAGAAUGUGCAUUCUAGUAUUAUUGUACGACUGUUACCGCGUUUGUCCAUUACCUGUUCUACAUGGUAGGGCUUUGUUAGACACUGCAGGGCUCACGGUUUGUGGACCUGAAAUGCUGCACUUCAGCCCUGAUGCAUUCAUCUUUUCGAUCCCUCGAAUAAAAUAUUUCAGAAACUCUUCAUCUGUGUUACUAUGAUAAUCGUUUUGACAGAUUAUGAACUCCUUUCUGAUGAUGAAUUGCAAUAAACAAACAUCACGUGGUGUGA